CUUAGUUUGCGCCACACACCAAACCUUUGGCCGAUGAAGCGCAAGGACGUGACGACGGACGCCGCCGCGCAGCAGGCAUUAUCCAAGCGCAAGAAGUGUCCGUAUCUAGAUACCAUCCGCCCUCAGCUUCUGGACUUUGACUUCGAGAAGGUGUGCUCCAUCAGUCUGUCGGACCAGAACGCGUAUGCGUGCCUCGUGUGCGGCAAGUACUUUCAAGGCCGCGGGCCCAACACGCACGCGUUCACGCAUUCCGUGCAGAGUUUCCACCACGUGUUCAUCAACUUGUCCACGGACAAGAUCUAUUGCUUGCCCGACAACUACGAAGUCACGGACUUGUCGCUUGCGCCGAUCAAGAACGCGCUGCGGCCGUCGUUCACGCCCGAGUACACGGCCUCCCUCGACACGAACCGCACGCUGGCCCAAGACAGCUUUGGUGUGUCGUACCUUCCUGGGUUCAUCGGGUUGAACAACCUCAAGAAGACCGACUACAUCUCGGUGGUGCUACAGGCGUUGGCCCAUGUCACGCCCCUGCGCGAUUACUUCCUCCAGCCAGACAACUACGCCGCCGCCGUCGCCAAGACGCGGUCGCCGCUCGUGCUGCGCUUUGGCGAGCUCAUUCGCAAGCUAUGGAGCCCCCACAAUAUCAAAAACACGAUCAGUCCACAUGAAAUCGUCCAAGCCAUUUCCGUGGUCAGUAAAAAGCGCUUUCACAUUGGCCGACAGAGCGACGCCCUCGAGUUCCUCUCGUGGUUUCUCAACGAAUUGCAUCGGGGACUUGGCGGCACUAGAACCCCCGGCUCGAGCGUGAUCCAUAAGGUGUUCCAAGGCAUGGUGCAUGUUACGACACUCCCAGCGCCCGGUGCCGCGACCCACGACGGCGAUGCGGCGGCAGUGCCCACCGCUGUGCCUUUUCUAUAUUUGACGUUGGAUUUGCCGCCGACGCCGCUGUUUAAAGACUCACAAGGCGGUAAUGUGAUCCCUCAAGUGCCGUUGUUCACCGUGUUGGAAAAAUUCGACGGCGACAAAAUCACGCACGUGUUACACGGGGCGACGCGGCAACACAAGCAGUACUCGAUCGAUUCGUUGCCGCCAUACUUGAUCUUCCAUAUCCACCGGUUCACGAAAAACAACUUUUUCACGGAGAAGAACCCAACUAUCGUCAACUUUCCCGUCAAGAACCUCGAAUUAAAAGAGUACGUGGCGUCCCGCGUGCCGACCGCCGCCGAAGUGGACGCGAUGACGACGACGGAGCUGAAGGCGCUUCUGUCGCACUGCGGCGGGACCUCUGCGGGGAUUGUGGACAAGGCGGACCUGGUAGCGCACGUGCACAAACAUGUGGCCAAAGCCUCCCAGACAAAGUACAACUUGAUCGCGAAUAUUUGCCACGACAGCCCCGUGACUAUUGGCAAAGAAACCACCGCCGUCAACAUGGACCCGCUGGCGGACGGGACGUACCGCGUGCAUGUCCAGAACCGAUCGACGGACCAGUGGUACGAAGUGCAGGAUUUGCAUGUGCAGGAGACGAUGCCCCAGCUGAUUGGCAUCUCCGAGUCGUAUGUGCUCAUAUAUGAACGAAAAGACGGACCUUAAUCAUCACGCGAGCUAAUGUCAAAAGAACACACCAAGCAUGUGUUGAUGAGAGAUUGAUGUUAUAUCGUUUGGACUGUACUAGUACAGCAUAAUGUACUUACUG